CCCUGAGUCACUGCCCCGGCUGGACGGGAAGAUCCAGGGCUUGUGUGUUCACAGCUGAGGACAGAGUUGGGUAAAGGGCAUCUUGUAUCUAGCAAGAGCCCUGGGCCCGGGCCAGCUGCCCGCUCGUGGGAGGAGGGAUCGCUCCGAGCCAUGGCAGGGGCAGGGCUUGUGCCAGCUUGCACUCACUGCGGGACACUGGUGGAGAGAGAAGCUUCUCUGAAGCCCUGAGCAGCCAUGGAGAGGAUGCAGCAGGUCAUUGCGCGGGCGAGAGCCGCCUUCAACUCAGGCCGGAGCCGCUCGCUGGAGUUCAGGAUACAGCAGCUGAAGGCCCUGGAGCGGAUGGUGCAGGAGAAGGAGAAGGAGAUCCUGGCAGCCCUCCAUGCGGAUCUGCACAAGAGUGGGCCCAUUGCGUACAUCACUGAGUUCCUGGGUGUGCUGGGGGAUCUGACCCUGGCCAUGGAGAAGCUGCCGUCCUGGGCAGCCCCUCAGCAUGUGAAGAAGAACCUGUUGACAAUGAGGGAUGAGGUCUUCCUCAACUUUGAGCCGCUGGGAGUGGUGCUGAUCAUCGGGACCUGGAACUACCCCUUUAUGCUGGUCAUGCAGCCUCUGAUCGGGGCCAUCGCAGCAGGCAACGCUGUGGUGGUGAAGCCGUCAGAGGUGAGUGAGAACACAGCUCGGCUGGUGGCUGAUCUCCUCCCCCAGUACCUGGACCGGGAGCUGUACCCUGUGGUCACUGGAGGAGUUCCUGAGACAACAGAGCU